AUGGAUCCUCCGAGCAGAGCACACGCCGAGUCCCUCGACCAGAAGGACGCUUUGAGGCACACGCGGGACGAAUUCGUCAUCCCGACCAAACAAGACAUCACCAGCAAGACCCUCGCCAAGAAAGAUGAACCCUCUACCGCCUCAAGCGCCGGCCAGCAGGAGAAGUGCACAUACCUCUGUGGGAACUCUCUCGGCUUGCAGCCCAAGCGCACUGCCGUGAGGAUACAGCAGUACCUGUCGACCUGGGCCACUCAGGGCGUCCAGGGUCACUUCAAACCUCUCGAGGACUCCCCGUUGCCAACAUGGCUCGACGUCGACGCGAAGGCGGCCGAGAUGAUGGCCCCCAUUGUCGGUGCUCAAGUUGCCGAAGUCGCCGUCAUGCAGACGCUGACGGCGAACCUGCAUCUUCUCAUGUCGGCCUUCUAUAAGCCCCAGGAAGGCGGCAGGCAUAAAAUCAUCUUGGAGAGCAAGGCCUUUCCGAGUGACCAUUUCGCCGUAGAGACCCAGAUCAGGCACCACGGCCUCUCACCUUCCAAGUCUAUGAUCUGCAUCGAGCCCCCUUCCGCCUCGCAGGGACCGACUCUCACCACCCAGCACAUCCUCUCCACCAUCGAACGUCACGCCUCGGACACCGCUCUGCUUCUUCUCCCGGGUAUUCAGUACUACACCGGCCAGCUCCUCGACAUCCCGACCAUCACCGCUUUCGCCCACAAGCACUCCAUCCUCGUCAUUUGGGACCUUGCCCAUGCCGUCGGCAACGUGCCCCUGAAGUUGCACGAGUGGGACGUCGACGCCGCGGCGUGGUGCACGUACAAGUACAUCAACGGCGGGCCGGGGUGCAUCGGCGGCGCCUUCGUCAACUCGAGACACACCACCGUCACAACCUCCGUCGAGGACCCGAACUCCGAAACCGGGUACGUGAACCGGCUCGCCGGGUGGUGGGGUAACGACAAGUCGUCCCGCUUCGUCAUGGCGACAAAGUUCCACCCGGCACCCGGGGCCUCUGGCUUCCAGCUGAGCAACCCAAGCGUGCUGGAUACCACAGCACUUUGCGCGUCGCUCGAGGUCUUCGAGGCCGCCGGCGGCAUCGGACCUCUGAGGGAGAAAUCCCUACGGCUGACCGGAUACCUCGAGAAGAUGCUCGAGGCGAUGCCAGAAGACGAGAAAGCGCUGUUCCGGGUCCUGACGCCGAGGCGGCCCGAGGAGCGGGGCGCGCAGUUAAGUUUAUUGCUCGCGGAUGGGUUGCUUGACUGUGUAAUGGGAUAUUUCGAUGAGGUUGGGGUCGUGAUAGACGAGAGGAAGCCGAAUGUCAUCCGGGUCGCGCCUGCGCCGCUGUACAACACAUUCGUGGACUGCUUUGACUUUGUGGAGCAGUUUGGCAAAGCGUUGCGUAGGGCGAGGAGGAGCGGCUAG